GAACGACAUAACAAUACAUUUGACAACAGUAAACAUUGGGGGAACGAGACGAAAAUGUUCAGAAGACAAGCUACACUACAGAUUGGGUCAUUCAGAGCUGUAUGUAAGCAGCGGGUGUCGAGUUUGAGCUCAACAGUCUUUGUCUCGAAGAGAUGCUACGCCUCAGAGAACCAUAAUAUGAAUCCGAAGGUUGUUGAUCUCAUCUACAAGAUGCAAACCACCCCCUCAGUCAUGGACGCGCUAAGACAUUUUGAGGAGCUUGUGGAUAAGAAAGGGUUGAAGGAGCAAGCCGGGUUUGGAAGAUUUAUAUCGAUGAUGAAGGAUAAAGAGGUCGAGGAAGCUCUGCGUAAUGUAAUGAUCGAGAUGGAGAAGGCCGGUAUCACAAUCUCACAAGAUAUAGUGGAACCAAUAUUGAAGUCCAUGACUCCAGGAAAGAAGUAAUUGGUCGCACAAUCGGUGGGAGUUGCUGUGAAUGCUAUGCACAUGUAUACUAUGAUGUGAAGCUAUGUAAACCUAUCAUCAGUCAACACUUUAACAUAUGUUAUCUACCUUAUUAUUUAUG